GUGCAGAAAGAGAGAGGAAGGGAGGAGCUCAGUGCACCAUGGGAAAUCCCCCGAUAGUCUAGGCCUAUAGCAGCAUCAGGUUAGGACUGGAUCAGGUCCUAACUAUAAGCUUUAUCAAAGAGGAAUGUCUUAAGCCUACUCUUGAAUGUGGUGAGGGUGUCUGCCUCCCGAACCACAACUGGAAGCUGGUUCCACAGGAGAGGAGCUUGGUAACUGAAGGCUCUGGCUCCUGUUCUACUUUUAGAGACUAUAGGAACCACAAGUAGCCCAGCAUUCAGAGAACGUAGUGUUCUAGAGGGGUAAUAGGGUACUAUGAGCUCUUUAAGAUAUGAAGGGGCCUGACCAUGAAGAGCUUUAUAGGUGAGGAGGAGGAUUUUAAAUUCUAUUCUACAUUUUACAGGAAGUCAGUGCAGAGAAGCUAGUACAGGAGAGAUGUGAUCUCUUUUUCUAGUUCCUGUCAGCACUCGUGCUGCAGCGUUCUGAAUUAAUGAGAAUGAGACUUAACAAUCAGCUAUCUUCAAUUAGCUAACCCCAAGUGUCUAUAAUAUCUUCCUCAGCUCUGAUUGGUUUUCAUUCAGGCCUGGUAGAUUAUUGCAAAUCCCAUUAGGAGCACUAGGAGGAGCCAGAGGAACACGAUUAUCUGUCUCGUGUACUACUGUCAGGAUAUGUAUUUUUUAACAAUAAACACAGUUAACAGACAUGAAGUACCCAACCAAAGACCUUUUUACGUUCUUCGUUGAUUAGGAGAGUAAAGAAAAACUGCCCUUUUAUUAUUUUUCAUGUGCAAAAUGCGAUUGUUCGCCCUAAUGGGAACGUGGUCGUUCUGAAGACAAGACAGUGACGUUUGGGGGUUUUCUUGAAUGUGUUUAUACUUCCUUGUACUGACUCACUGGAUAAUGGCUUCAUUAGUCGUCAUGUAACGGGGCGUGCAGAGGGAGUUUCCGUAUAUGAGCAACAGUGAACUUCAAUCAAGUUGUAGUGGACCAAUGUCGACUCGCCCUGUGAGAUGGACUCCUUCACCUUUCUCUACGAUGUUCCUCCGGUUCUCGUCGAAACAUUGUGCAAAAUCAUGGAUACCGGAGAUGGCAGGUUCGGAUGGCGUCAACUAGCUGUUCGGAUUGUCCCCAGCUUGUUAGAACUUCGCAUGUUGGAACGCAUAGAUGCAGCAGGUCAGAGUCCUACUAGGGAGCUGCUGUGGUCCUGGGCCCAGCAGAAUUCAAGAGUGCAGGACCUGCUUAAAAUCUUGCAGGACAUGGGCCACCACAGGGCCCUGCAGCUUUUCCAGAGUCAAGCUCAAGAGUCACCUUUGCUACCCAGCAAUCAACAUGCAGAGUCCUCAGAGCAGAUGUCAGCAAAUAAAGAAUCUGUCCAACUAGAGACAAGUUCUUCAAGUGAAGCAAUAUGUCCCAUGAACUCUGCUGGAAAAAAUCAGCCACCCAUACUCACUUUCCAAGACAUCAUAGAAGGAACCAGAGAUUUUCAUCAUGAAAUGAGAAUCACUGAGGGCCACUUCUCUGAUUUCUACAGGGCACAGUUGGGCGAUAGAACAUUUGCAGUUAAGCUUUUUAAACAGAUAAAUAAGGUGUCCUGGAAGAAGGCGUGGGAUAGCUUCAGGAAAGAAAUGGAAAUUCAUCAUUGGUACCGACAUCCAAAUAUCUUAGAAUUGUUGUCCUGUUUCUCUGAGGAGGGCCGCUACUGUCUGGUCUAUCCUUACAUCCGCAAUGGAUUGCUCUUCGACAGACUACACCAUAAGGAUGGAAGUCCCCCUCUGUCCUGGCAAGAACGUCUCACAAUUAUCAAGGGAGUCACAAAGGCCUUGCAUUACCUCCAUACAGCCCAGCCCUGCCCUGUGAUCUGUGGCAACAUCUCCAGUGCUAACAUAUUCUUGGAUGAAGCCCUGCUGCCCAAGCUGUCUAACUUUGGGAUGGCUCAUCUCCGUCCUCAUUCAGCCCAUCAGUCUUGUACCAUCAGUCUGGAUUCAAAAUCUCAUGGCAACCUGGGAUACCUCCCUGAGGAGUACAUCCGAGAUCGCAAGCUGUCCUUCAGCGUGGAUGUUUACAGCUUUGGAAUGGUUGUAAUGGAAACAGUCACAGGACGGAAAGUCCAAGAGGACAUACCUAAGGAAAAACCACUGAGAGAUUUGCUAAUCACUGAGAUGGAGGACAGUGGUGGCAUGGACUCUUGUCUGCAGUUUUUGGAUGCAGCAGCUGGUCGGUGGCCAACUGCAAUGGCUCUCAGCCUUCUGGGUCUGGCCUUGGACUGCACUGCUAGCCGCCCCCGCAGCAGGCCAAGCAUGGAGAAUGUACUUCUGGGAUUGAGCAAGCUGCUUCCUCCACCUAGCUGUCCCCCUGCUGACCAACCCCACAGCCUAGGUGAUGGAGCCCCUAUUAUUGCCCAGCAGAGCCUCUCAUCCUCCAUACCUGUGGAGCAUGAUGAACAGUGCAGCCCCCCUUGUUCUCCAACACAGAGCACAGGGCCCUGUGAAUGCAGCCAGUCAGAGGUGACAUAUAUUAGUGACAGUAUGGGUGCUCAUGGUGAGGUAGCAGCAGAUCUGUACAGCAGCUGGCCUGUACAGUGCAGCUGUCCGGCAGAGACCAGUGGUCUGGCCUGUGAGGACUGCAGGGCCAACGGCUUUAAACAACCGGACAGUUCUCAGACUGACUUCUGUGUGGUCGAAAAUGCAGCCAAGGUGGAACUAAGGAAGAAAUUCUUUAAAACAUAGGGCUGAUUCACACAGGAGAACUGUUCCCUGAGACAGGACUGCAGUUAUAGAGCUGACUUUCUGUUACAGUCUGACAGCAGGUAAUUUUUGUGAACAUCAGAGCAACCACAGAAAUUAUAGAAGAUGGAGUGCCAGACUACAACAACUUGGUUCACCACCAGUGACAGAUACAGUGACCAUUGUAAAUAAAAGUUAUAUAUUUUUAAUUGCCAGCAGUUAAACAGUAGACUACAGAAAAAAUUGUCUUCCUGCACUGGUUCUGCAAAGAAAGGUUGUAAUAAGUGGAUCAUUGCACUAUAUGUACCUCAUGCUCUAUCAGAAUUAUAUAAUGAUAUAACAUUCUGUGUCAUUUCAGUACAUUCUGCUGUUAAUACUUUUGUACUUUUAAUUAAGUUUAUGAAUGCAGUGGAUGAAUGACCUUUACUAGUAAUGGAAUAUUUUUACACUGUGGUUACUACUUUCACUGAAAUAAAGGAUGCCAUGUUGAACUGC